AUGUCUGCUCUAGUCCACGAAAAAGUUUGGCUCGAUAAAAACAUCUAUAAUGAUGCUGAGCGAAAUUAUUAUGAAUCUCUAUCAAAAGGGAAGGAAUCAGAUAUAGCAGGUUCUUCUCUGGCUAGUGAAGUUGCGAAGGCUAGACAACACAUCAAAAACUCUCUGGAAUGUAUGGAUAGUGUUGCAGCCUUAGCUGGUGUUCCAAAUACUGAAAUCAACAACAAGUUAAAUAGCCUCGAGAAAGAAAAUUCAGAACUUAAGAAGGCCAUUGAUGAUCUACGAAAACUGGUUAUAAGUCUACAAGCCAGAGUUGAAUCAAUUGAAUCAUCCAGUUCUGGAAACAAAGCUGUAGCACCUAAGGCACCUGCACCAGCUCAGGAAGACUCUGAUGAUGGAGUUGAUUUGUUUGGAUCAGAUGAUGAGGAAGAAAGUGCAGAGGCAGCUAGAGUAAGAGAAGAACGUCUAGCUGCGUAUAAUGCAAAGAAAUCAAAGAAACCAGUGCUUAUUGCAAAAUCAAACAUCAUAUUGGAUGUUAAACCUUGGGAUGACGAAACUGAUAUGAAGGCAAUGGAAGAUGCAGUAAGGAGUAUCAGUAAUGAUGGACUUCUAUGGGGUGCUGCUAAACUUGUGCCCCUAGCCUUUGGCAUCAAAAAACUUCAAAUAUCAAGUGUUGUUGAAGAUGACAAGAUAUCAGUUGAUUGGCUAGUGGAAGAAAUUGAAAAAUUCGAAGACCUUGUUCAAAGUGUGGAUAUUGCAGCAUUUAAUAAAGUC